AUGGCCGGUUUGAAGCGCGCUGUGGACACCAAAGACGAGCGCAAUGGCAAGCGGACAAAAGUGAAGGGAGGCGAUGUCGCUCCGCAGAAGACGAAAGCGGCCGCGCCUGUGAAAAAGGCGGUUUCUAAGCCUGACUUGAAGAAGAAGGAUCCCGCCGAGUCUGGAAAGACAGAUAAGAAGAAUGGGAAGAACAAGAAGAAGGUGGAGGAGUCUGAAGAAGAAGAAGAUGAGGAUGAAUUUGAUAUCGACGAUCUUUCGGACUUUGAGGGUGAGAAGGAUGAGAAUGAGGAUAUUGAUAUGGGUGGAUUGAGUGAUGAGGGUGGCGACGAUGACGAAGAGGAGGAAGAAGAUUCCGAGGAUGAGGAAGAAGAAAAGAAGCCCAAGGCUGGCUCACAGUCGAAUGGGAAAGCAUCGGAGCCUGAAAAGAACAACAACUCGCGCGAAUCGCAUGCGAAACAAAAAGCCCUCCAGCAAGAGCGCAAAGCCGCCAAACCCAACUCCGACAUCAUCGCCCGAUCCAAACAACUCUGGGAACGCCUACGUCGCAAGUCGCAUGUUCCACUCGAAGAGCGGAAGAAGCUUAUCGCAGAACUCUACAGUAUCAUCGGUGGUCGCGUGAAGGAUUUCGUUUUCAAGCACGACUCGGUCCGUGUCAUCCAAACCGCCUUGAAGUACGCAAACACCGAACAACGGAAGCAGAUUGCACGUGAACUGAAAGGUAGCUACGUCGAGCUGGCACAGAGCCGGUACGCCAAGUUCUUGAUUGGAAAGUUGAUUGUGCACGGAGAUACCGAGAUCCGGGAUAUUAUCAUCCCCGAGUUCUAUGGUCACGUCAAGCGUCUUAUUCGGCACCCCGAGGGCUCUUGGAUUCUGGAUGAUAUCUACAGACAAGUCGCGACCAAGGACCAGAAGGCCAAUCUGCUUAGGGAAUGGUACGGGCCGGAGUUUGCGAUUUUCAGAGAUAAGAGCGCAGUCCCCUCCGCAGACCUAUCCGAGAUCCUCACAAAGAACCCGGAGAAGCGAUCGCCGGUGAUGCACUUCCUGCACGAACUGAUCAACCAGCUGGUGCAGAAGCAGAGUACGGGAUUCACGAUGCUGCACGAUGCGAUGUUGCAAUAUUUCCUGAACACGAAGACGGGCAGCACCGAUGCCAGCGAAUUCAUCGAGCUGCUCAAGGGUGACGAAGAGGGUGAUCUAGUCAAGAACUUGGCUUUUACCAAGUCCGGAUCGCGGUUGUUGUGCCUUGCUCUGGCGCAAUCGAACGCAAAGGACCGAAAGCUUUUGAUCAGGAACUUCAGAGAUACGGUCAAGAUGAUGGCCAGUGACCUUCACGGGCAUACUGUCAUCCUGACAGCCUUUGAAGUGAUCGACGAUACCAAGCUUACCGCAAAGACAUUCUUCACCGAGCUGCUGAACCAGAACGACGACGCGGAGACUAGAAAUGAAGAGCUGAUGUACCAGGUGAAUGACCUGACGGGUCGUAUCCCCAUCCUCUUCCCAUUCGCCGGUGACCGCGUCAAGUGGCUCCUCCCAGAUUCAACCUCGGAAGCCCUCAAGGAAAUCCGCGAGGUCCGCAAGGAGACCUCGAAGAAGGAUCCCGAAGUCCGCCGACAAGAACUCGUCAAGGCAGCCUCGCCAACACUCCUCGAACUGAUCACCGCCCGCGCAGACUCCCUCCUCGAAACAAGUUUCGGCUGCCAGCUCCUCUCCGAGGUCCUCUUCGACGCUGACGGCGACAAGACCGCCGCCUUGACCGCCGUCGCCGAAGCCGCCAAGUCGCGCUCCGACACCAAGGACUCACCGUUCGUGGGACGACUGCUCAAGUCCCUCGUACAAGGCGGUCGCUUCAACGCCGCGACCAAGACGGUCGAGAAGGUCCAGCCUGCGCUCAACUUCCACACAUACCUGUACGAGCAGAUCCAGGACGAGAUCAUGACAUGGGCCACUGGCUCGAACGUGUUCGUGGUCGUGGCAUUGGCAGAGUCAGACGAGUUCGAGAAGAAGAACGAACUCCUCAAGACACUAAAGAAGAACAAGAAGGCGUUGGAGAAGGUCAUUGUCGAUGCCGCAGCUGAGGCAGGCAAGGGUGGAAAGAAGGGCAAGGCUGGUCCCACGAGUAGCGGGGCGAAGUUGUUGCUGGAGAAGGUUUAA